UUUAAACUAAAGUUUACGGUCGCGGGCCCGCAGCCGCGCGACCUCGCCUCGUCCGCGCGGCGGAGCGGUGAUUCAUUUCAUUCAGCCGAGCGCGCAGACAGACGGACUCCACUCCGGCCCCGAUCACCAAAGGCUGGGGUCCAAACUUCGGUAGCGCCAAGUGUCCCGCUUCGAAAGGCUGCACCGAGCUCAAGCGACAUGGCGGAGGUCGGCGAGGUUUUGAUGUCAGUUCUUUCCACGAUUCGGGUUCCGAGGCCCGGGGACCGAGUCCACAAAGACGAAUGCGCCUUAUCCUUCGCUUCGCCGGAGAGCGAGGGAGGCCUAUAUGUGUGCAUGAACAGUUUCCUGGGCUUCGGCAGUCAGUAUGUGGAUAGACACCAUGCCAGAACUGGUCAGCGGGCUUACUUGCACAUUACCCGGACCCGCAAGAUUCAGAAGGAAGAUGACAAUAACUCUGGAUCCGGUGACCCACCUAAGAAAAAGCCCACAAGAUUGGCAAUAGGAAUUGAAGGAGGUUUUGAUGUGGAGCAGGAUCAAUAUGAAGAGGAUGUGAAGGUUGUCAUCUUCCCUGACAGACAAGAAGUGACUUCAGAAGACCUUACAACCAUGCCUGAUGUUGUAAGAGAGCGGGUGUCUCUGUCUAUGGCGGGGCUCAUGUCAGCAGACUCAGUGUCUCACGCCUUGCAAGUUCAACAAUGGGACGGAGAGGUGAGACAGGAGUCUCGGCAUGCUGCCGACCUCAAACAGCUCGACAAUGGAGUGAAGAUCCCACCCAGUGGUUGGCGGUGUGAGGUGUGUGAUCUGCAGGAGAAUCUGUGGAUGAACCUGACAGAUGGCAAAGUGCUGUGUGGUCGUAGGUAUUUUGAUGGCUCUGGAGGGAACAACCAUGCCUUGCUCCAUUUCCAGCAGACAGGGCACCCGCUUGCUGUCAAACUGGGCACCAUUACACCUGACGGAGCAGAUGUGUACUCCUAUGAUGAGGAUGACAUGGUACUGGAUCCUAAACUUCCGGAGCACCUGGCUCACUUUGGGAUUGACAUGAUGACCAUGGAGAAGACUGAGCGGACUAUGACGGAGCUGGAGAUUGCAGUGAACCAGCGGGUGGGAGAAUGGGAAGUGAUCCAGGAGUCGGGGACCACCCUGCGGCCCUUGUCGGGCCCUGGGCUUACUGGCAUGAAGAACCUAGGCAACAGCUGCUACCUCAACUCUGUAAUGCAAGUGCUCUUCACCAUACACGACUUCCAGAGCAAGUAUGUGUCUAACAUGGACAAGAUCUUUGAUGAAGCCCCAAGGGACCCCACCCAGGACUUCAAGACCCAAGUAGCCAAGCUGGGCUACGGUCUGUUGUCAGGAGAGUAUUCCAAACCAGCACCAGAUCCAGGGGAUGAAAGCGGUACAUCCGAACCCAGGGGAGACCAAGUUGGCAUAGCACCACGCAUGUUCAAAGCACUUGUCGGGCGGGGCCACCCAGAGUUCUCCACCAAUCGGCAACAGGACGCUCAGGAGUUUUUAUUGCACUUCAUAAACAUGGUAGAGAGAAACUGUCGCUCCGGGCCCAAUCCAUCUGAAGCAUUCAGGUUCCUGGUUGAGGAAAGGAUUGUGUGUCAACAGUCACAGAAAGCCAAGUACACACAGAGGGUGGACUACAUCCUCCAGCUUCCUGUGCCCAUGGACCAGGCCACUAACACAGAGGAGCUGCAGGAAGCGGAGCGUCGGCGUGAGGAAGCAGACUCAUCGGCCGGCCCGGCCCCUACGGUGCGCGCUCAGAUCCCCUUCACGGCCUGUAUGGCUGCCCUAAGUGAACCGGAGAUCCUGUCUGACUUCUGGAGCUCUGCUGUGCAGGGGAAGACCACUGCUACCAAAACAACUCGUUUUGCGUCUUUUCCCGACCACCUCGUCAUCCAGAUCAAGAAGUUCACAUUUGGCCUUGACUGGGUCCCCAAGAAACUGGAUGUCAGCAUCGACGUCCCUGACACGCUUGAUCUGAGCGCACUCCGCGGGACUGGCCAACAGCCAGGAGAGGAGCUUCUUCCGGAGGUGGCCCCUCCCCCACUCAUGACCCCUGACGUGGAGGUCAAAGCCCCAGUCCUGGAUGAUUCCACGGUGUCCCAGUUAUGCGAGAUGGGAUUCCCGCUGGAGGCAUGCAGGAAGGCUGUGUACUACACUGGUAACACUGGAAUCGAUGCUGCCAUGAACUGGGUCAUGGGCCACAUGGAUGACCCAGACUUCUCCGCCCCCCUGGUGUUGCCCGGAUGCACCUCGGCCCCUGGAACCACACCCACAGAAAGCUUGUCUGAGGAGCAUCUGGCAACCAUUGUGUCCAUGGGCUUUAGCCGAGACCAGGCUAGCAAAGCACUCAGAGCCACGAGUAAUGUCCUAGAGCGGGCAGUCGACUGGAUCUUCUCCCACCUGGAUGACUUGGAAUCCAUGGAGGUGUCUGAAGGAGGCCGCUCUGCUGGAGAGAGCGAGGGGAGCAGGGAGCCCCCACCUGGACCCCGAGUCAGAGAUGGCCCAGGAAAGUACGAGCUGUUUGCCUUCAUCAGUCACAUGGGGACAAGUACAAUGUGUGGCCACUAUGUCUGUCACAUCAAGAAGGACCAGCAGUGGGUCAUCUUCAAUGAUCAGAAAGUGUGUGCCUCAGAAAAGCCCCCCAAAGAUUUGGGAUACCUCUAUUUCUACCGGAGAAUGGCCGACUGAGCCGCUGCUGCUGUGUCGCAACCUUCAGUGAAGGAGGAGAGUGGGGAUGCUCAACAUGAACACAAAAAAGCAACAAACACGUGCACACACAGACACAACAAGCAUAAUCGCACCCCGCCAAUAUACUAAGAACGCCCCCGACGCUUCAGAACCAACUAAAAAUUAAGUUGCAAAUACACAUCUCGCACAGCAUAUGUCCCCACACACACACACACACACACACCUUAAUUCAGUUGGUCCAGAUGAGCAGAUCAGUUGGUCUUGGAGACGGGGGCUCUUCCUCACUCUUAACACGCGUAACAUUUGUGGGCCUUUUGUUGGUAAGCUGUCGGUCUGUUCACUCCUUAGUACAUAUAUGCCCCACAAUUACUAUCAACCCACGCUGUGUUCCUAUUGGCCACCACCGGCGUCAGUGGGCACUACCCCUCCCCAUCCAAACAUGUUGCUUCCAACCCCCCCUCCUCCUCUUAUUGGACGGUCGGUGGCAUUUGUGAUGUCAUCACUUCAGCCAAGCCCCGAGACCUCCCUCUCCCCUCUUCUGCCUGUUUCAGUGACGAAGUAAAUAAGAUUCAAACUCCACAUGGGAAAAAAAGCAGUUCAAGUGUGUGUUUAAAAAAAAAAUGUUAUAAAGAGUUAAAUAUCAAAUCCAACCAGUUCUGUAAAGUGCAGGGAAGGUGAUAUCUGGGUGACCUUUGUUUUUAUUUUGCAAAAAAAUCCUUUGUUACUUUUGCUCUGACAAAUAAAGAGUUGUCUUU